AUGGGCAUGUCUUCAGCCUUCUCCACAAAUAUCCGCGUUACUUUGUUCUUCACAGAAUGGACAACUACCACAGCAGCAGCAUACGUUGCCACCAUAAUAUUCCUCUUUUGCCUGACCCUCUUCAACCGUUUCCUGGGAGCACUGAGGUUUCAAACAGAGCGGACCUGGUCUGGCCAAACUCGAAGCAGGAAUCUACUAUCCACGCCACCCAUCGGCCGUAACCGUCGCGCGCUCUUCAAGGCCAAAGCAAGCCCGAUACCUACAUACAUUCUGAGGCAAAGUAACCCCGAAGGGGACCCUUUGACGAGCGAAGAGAGCGGUGAUGAGUGGUCUACCGGUCGAGAUCAGUCCGACAAACGUAUGUCAAUCCGGAAAAUAUUUGGCAACUGGCAGCCAAGUGCGCCCUGGAGUCUCAAAAAAGAUGGCAUUAGGGCAAUUAUGGAGUUUACGAGAGCUCUAAUUGGAUAUCUUCUAAUGCUCGCAGUUAUGACUUUUAAUAUUGGAAUCUUUUUAGCCAUUCUUAUAGGAAUUUUAGUUGGAGAGCUUAUUUUUGGUCGGUAUACGCAGGGUUCCGAUGGAUGGCAAGAAGGAGCUUGCCAUAUGUGA